CAGACAAAACGCAGGAGCAGUAAGGGAUUUUUUUUAUUUUAAAUUUUUGCUUUCAAUCAAAGAUUUUUUUAAAGGUUUAUUUUUUUGUGUAAAGAUACGCUGAUCUGACAUGAAUCCACCGUGUGGGAGAUGUAAUAAACAAGUUUAUCCAACAGAAAAAAUAAACUGCCUGGAUAAGUAUUGGCACAAAGGUUGUUUCAGCUGCGAGGUAUGCAAGAUGGCUCUGAGUAUGAACAACUACAAAGGCUUUGAGAAGAAACCCUACUGCAGUAUGCAUUACCCCAAAACCUCCUUCACCAUUGUGACCGACACCCCUGAGAACCUGCGUCUGAAACAGCAGACUCUGCUUAAUAGUCAGGCCCUUUACAAGGAGGAGUUUGAGAAGAACAAGGGGAAAGGCUUCAGCGUGGUGGUCGACACACCGGAGAUGCAGAGGCUGAAGAAGACGCAGGACCAGAUUAGUAAUAUAAAGUAUCAUGAAGAGUUUGAGAAAAGCAAGAUUCGAAGUGAUGCUCCUCCUCCUGAAAACAGACAAGAACAAGAACUGCAAGCACUAAACCCUGACAGUUUCUGCCAGCCUGCUGGACAGAUGCGCCCUGCUGCUGCAUCUCCCCCUAGUGGAGGGAAACGUUACCAGGCCUUGUACAGCUACAUGGCAGCAGAGGCAGACGAAGUUUCUCUGCAGGAGGGCGACCUAAUCUUAGACGUGGAGCCGAUAGACGAAGGCUGGAUGUUUGGAUGCAACCAGCGCACUGGGAAGAAGGGACUACUGCCAGCUAACUAUGUCCGACCUGUUUGAGAAAACUCUUAUGCGUUUGUUUUUUUUCCAGAUAAUGUUACCUUUUUAUUGUAGCUGCUUUGGGUUUCGGAUUUCUUAGAGAAGCAGCUCUUUUCCCAAAGGUGGACAAGAAAAUUAUUUCAUGCAAUUUUAAAUUUAUCAUGUAAAUUUGUCUUCGGUUAACAGCAGCUGUAGCUCCACGGUGCAUUUAGUUUAAUAUUUUCCUGGAUUUUAUGAAGAAUUUGAAUUAAACUUAUACUUUGCUCAGC